AUGCUUACACCCACGUGGCAAAUGGACCUAUUUAUCUAUGAAUAUUUUAUUUUAAUUCCUAUUUAUAUUUUUAUUUUGCUCGGAAUUUUGAUAACUAGAAAUAGGCAUAAAACAUUUCAAAGUCCGUAUUACACUAUGAUGGUGUCCCAGGGCCUCGCAGACGUCUGCACAGUCACCAUAUACAUCGUAAUAAUCGGCGCCAGAUAUUUCUCAAUUGGAAAUGUGUUCAUCUAUAAUUUAUCGCCAUAUUCUUCAUAUUCCUUCUCAAAUACUGGACCAUUCAUGUUCACUCUACGGGGUGUCGGCGUAUUUUUUAUCACUACGCAAAGGUAUUUAGCAGUUUGUCGAUCACACGGAACGCUUAAUUACCGCCUCAACCAAUGUCCCCCCUUGCUCAUUGGCUUCACUCAUUGGCUCGUAGCUUUCUUGAUCUACCUUCCAGCACUUUUACACACUGAUAUUUAUUUCGAGAACGAAGUAACUCUUCUCACCGUCGGAAGUACAACUUUCGUUCAAUGGACGUCUCUGACAGUGAUGACGUCAUACUUUGUGACGUGUGUUUCUAUAAUUAUCAUGUACUCGCAGAUAGCAGUGGUGAUGGUUCGCGCCAGAAAAGUAGAACAAGGUGUUCUGACAAGUACAAAAACCACGAAAAAACUAAAAGACGCCCGCCUAACACUGCACGUUUUCAUCCUCGUUCUAUUCUGCAUCGUCACGUUUUUCUUCUACAUUGGAGAAUAUGUGUUGGCAACCGACGCCGAUAAUGACCGAGUACGGGCGUUACGUCUUUUUUAUCCAACACUAUCUGGCAAUCUAUCGUUUAUUAAUCCAAUAAUGCUAUUAAUGAUGAAUCGGGAUGUUCAGAGCGCGUUUUGUUGCCGGUUUAAGGUAGGUCUCAUGGCAGAGAAUGGCAGAGAAAAACCUCUUCCACGGCCACGUGUCGAUUUACGAAGCUUGUGUACUCGUAGUGGAAAAGUGUGA